AUGGUUUUAUUUAUUGUAAUUCGAUUGGACAAGAAUUACAAUAAGCCAAUAUGGGAAGUAUUGAGUGGGAGAAGAGAUGGAAGAACUUCACAUGCAUCAGAAGCUCUAGCCAACAUCCCUUCUCCAUUCUCCAACUUCACCACCCUCAUGCAGUCCUUUGCCAGCAAGAAUCUUACAGUCCAUGAUCGUGUGGUUUUGUCAGGUGCACAUACCAUUGGAGUUGGACAUUGCAACUUGUUCAGAAAGAGGCUAUAUAAUUUCACAGGGAAAGCCGAUGCAGAUCCUUCUCUGAACUCAACCUACGCUGCAUUCUUGAGAACAAAAUGCAAAAGCCUUUCUGAUAAUACAACCACAGUAGAAACGGACCCUGGGAUUUCUGUAGCAUCUGACAACCAUUAUUUCUCAAAUUUCAAGCAUCAACAAGGCCUUUUCCAAUCAGAUGCUGCAUUGCUGACAGACAGAGGUGCAAGCAACAUUGAUGAUGAGAUGCUUACCGCUGGAAAAUUCUUCACUGAAUUUGGACAAUCCAUGAAGAGGAUGGGUGCAAUUGGAGUUCUUACUGGAAAUGCUGGAGAAAUAAGGAAGAAAUGUAGCGGGGUGAAGUCAAAACUAAUUAGAGGAACACUUGAUGAAACUACUAGGCUUCUUAGUUUGCCAGAAGAAUGUUCUUUCCUGUUGACUGGAGCUGGAGAGCUGCAGAGGAACUAUUAUCGUAAGAGCUGCCGUGGGGUUGAACAGAUUGUGAGGGAUAUCACUUGGAGAAAUGUCAGUGCCAAUCCCAGCCUCGCCCCCAAGCUGCUUAGGCUACAUUAUCAUGACUGCUUUGUCAGGGGUUGUGAUGGAUCAGUUCUUCUGGAUUCAACCCCCAAUAAUCCAUCUGAAAAAGAAGCUAUACCCAAUCGAUCUCUAUCUGGAUUUGAUUUCAUUGAUAUCGUAAAGUCAAUUCUCGAAGAGGAAUGUCCAGGAGCCGUCUCCUGUGCUGAUAUUCUUGCCUUAGCAGCAAGAGAUGCAGUUUCAUAUCAAUUCCAAAGACCAAUGUGGCAGGUGUUCACUGGGAGGCAAGACGGAAGAGUUUCAGUUGAUUCUGAAGCAUUAGCAGGGUUGCCAUCACCAUCUUCAGACUUCCCCACUCUCCUUCAGAAUUUCCAGAGUAAUAAUCUGGACGUUGUCGAUCUAGUAACCUUAUCAGGGGCGCAUACAAUUGGAGUCACACAUUGCAGUUUGGUUGCGAAGAGACUGUACAAUUUCACAGGGAAAGGAGACACAGAUCCUUCUUUGGACUCUGAAUAUGCUCAAACCUUGAAGACCAUUUGUCCUCUUCCUAUUGUUCGAACCACAACUCUAGGAAUGGACCCUGGAAGCUCAGACUCUUUCGAUAGCCAUUAUUUUGUGGCUUUGAGCCAAAAUAUGACAGUUUUUCAAUCAGAUUCAGCCCUGUUAACCAAUCCACUUUCAGCUACAAUAGCAUCACAUCUCCAGAAUCCUCGGCUUUUCUUCGCUCUAUUUGCUCGAUCCAUGACGAAAAUGGGUGCCAUUGGAGUACUUACUAAUGGGGAAGGAGAGAUUAGGCAGAAUUGUCGAGUUGUCAAUGCUUAG